AUUGGGUUGGGCGGGCGGACGAGGGCGCGCACGCCAGGCAACGAGGCGGCGUCCCCAAGGAAGGAAGGAAGCAAGGAGGACGCUUUCUCUCUCUCUCUCUCUCUCUCUCUCUCUCGCGCGCGCGAGGUGGCCUUGUGCUAGCACCUCCUUGUCCGCGCUUCAGAGGAGGAAGCGCCCGCCGGCUGUACAGAGGUGGAGGGGAGGGAGGCGCCGUGGGAGGGACCUGGGGCCUUGGAGGAGCCUGGCGGUCGCGUCGUGAAUCUGACCCCGAGCAGGAGCUCCUGGGGCGACGGAGGCCGGCCUUAACCGCGCGGCUGGCUCCGGGGCUGGCGGCGCCUAGCCCUCCGCCGCCAGGGGGACCUGCUGGGCGGGAAAGUGGCGGCGACAGCGGAACUGCUCCUGGCAGCGUUUCGGGCCUGUCCUCGGAAGCGGCGGCGGCGGCGGCGGUUGGCAGCGGUGCCUCUUCGCUUCCAGACAGAAGGCGGCGGCGGGAAACGGCUCCCGGGAUGCUUUCCUCCCUAGGAAGGGCGGGCUGACACCUGGGCCACUUUGCCGGAGUUCAGACCUGCCCUUCGCUCCGGGUUGAAGCCGGGAAGAACUUUUCACGCUUACUGGUUGGCUGGCCAGUCCCUCGUACUCUCCUUUCUGCUCCUGAAGUCGCAGCCUUCCUCGGGGCCGACCCCGAGUUGGAGUGGAAGAAGAGAGCGCAGGGCACCGCGGGAGAAUGAGGACUUGAACUCGCCUCUCCAGCCCACCGGCAACGCGGGACGGUUGCUUCACAGCGCAACAUUUUGAGGCUAAACAUGCCCAGCUCUUUCAGCCGCUCUUCAUAGGGCAUGGUGUCCAGAUCUUUUAUAAUUUUAGUCACCCUCCUCUGGACACCUUCCAGCCUGUCAAUAUCUCUUUUGAACUGUGGUGUCCAGAAUUGGACACAGUAUUCCAGAUAAAGAAUAUAAUCUUUGAAAUGGAAUUACACCCAUGUCAUUCAGUCAAAUACAAAAAUUAGUGUAUCCUGGAGGCAAAGUGCCAUGAGAAAAUUUGCAUAUUGCAAGGUGGUCCUUGCCACCUCAUUGGUUUGGGUCCUUUUGGAUAUGUUUUUGUUACUUUACUUCAGUGAAUGCAACAAAUGUGAUGAGAAAAAAGAACGAGGUCUUCCACCUGGGGAUGUUCCAGAACUGGUGCAGAAACCUCAUGAAGGCCCAGGAGAGAUGGGGAAACCAGUUGUAAUUCCUAAGGAGGACCAAGAAAAAAUGAAGGAAAUGUUUAAAAUAAACCAGUUUAAUUUAAUGGCAAGUGAAAUGAUAGCACUCAACAGAUCUUUACCUGAUGUCAGAUUGGAAGGGUGUAAGACAAAGGUGUAUCCAGAUAACCUUCCUACAACAAGUGUUGUCAUUGUCUUCCAUAAUGAAGCUUGGAGUACUCUUUUACGAACUGUUCAUAGUGUCAUAAACCGGUCACCCAGGCACAUGCUGGAAGAAAUCAUUUUAGUUGACGAUGCUAGUGAAAGAGACUUCUUGAAGAGACUCUUGGAGAACUAUGUGAAAAAGUUACAAAUACCAGUCCACGUGAUUCGAAUGGAGCAGCGUUCUGGACUAAUCAGAGCCAGAUUGAAAGGAGCUGCUGCUUCUAAGGGCCAAGUCAUUACCUUUUUAGAUGCUCAUUGUGAAUGCACAGUAGGAUGGCUCGAGCCUCUGUUAGCACGCAUAAAAGCUGACAGGAGAACAGUGGUUUGUCCUAUCAUUGAUGUCAUCAGUGAUGAUACCUUUGAAUAUAUGGCAGGUUCUGAUAUGACGUAUGGUGGAUUUAACUGGAAGUUGAAUUUCCGAUGGUAUCCUGUCCCUCAAAGAGAAAUGGAUCGAAGGAAAGGUGACAGAACUCUUCCAGUCAGGACACCCACAAUGGCAGGAGGCCUUUUUUCUAUAGACCGAGACUAUUUUCAAAAAAUUGGGACAUAUGAUGCUGGCAUGGAUAUAUGGGGAGGAGAAAACCUUGAAAUUUCAUUCAGGAUUUGGCAGUGUGGUGGAACUUUGGAAAUUGUGACUUGUUCACAUGUUGGACAUGUUUUUCGAAAAGCCACUCCUUAUACUUUCCCAGGAGGCACAGGACAGAUUAUAAAUAAAAAUAAUAGACGACUUGCUGAGGUUUGGAUGGAUGAGUUCAAGAAUUUCUUCUACAUAAUUUCCCCAGGCGUUACAAAAGUAGAUUAUGGAGACAUAUCCUCACGACUUGGUCUGAGACACAAACUACAGUGCAAACCUUUUUCCUGGUACCUAGAGAAUGUUUAUCCUGAUUCGCAAAUACCACGUCACUAUUUCUCUUUAGGAGAGAUAAGAAAUGUGGAAACAAAUCAAUGUCUAGAUAACAUGGCAAGAAAAGAAAAUGAAAAAGUUGGAAUAUUUAACUGCCAUGGAAUGGGUGGUAAUCAGGUUUUCUCAUAUACAGCCAACAAAGAAAUUCGAACAGAUGAUUUGUGCUUAGAUGUCUCUAAGCUCAAUGGUCCUGUCACAAUGCUUAAGUGCCACCACUUAAAAGGCAAUCAGCUUUGGGAAUAUGAUCCCGUGAAAUUGACCCUGUUGCAUGUGAACAGCAACCAGUGCCUGGAUAAAGCCACUGAAGAAGACAGCCAGGUACCCAGCAUCAAAGACUGCAAUGGCAACCGUUCUCAGCAGUGGCUUCUUCGCAAUGUCACCCUUCCAGAAAUAUUCUGAAAAAUUUCUAAGAGGAGAAUUGACUGGACUACCUCAGCAAGUACAUCUGCUACAUUCCUAUGUAGCUCAAGAAAAUGCUGCAAGGUUUCAUAGGGUUUUUUUUUAAUCCUGUGGAGCAGAAUCUUCUUAAUUUUCAAGAGCUGACAGCUACCAUCCUGGUGUUAAUGUUUGUGGAACUAACUAUAUGAGUACUUGUGAACCUGUACACAACUGCUGUUUACAAGAUAUUUCUUCAAAGAAUCACUUUAUAGAACACUUAAUCGGUGAAAAGAUAAUCAAGGAUAAACACUCCCAAAAGAGUGGCACAAUCUAGUUUGCUUUUACAUCGGUAGCCUGGUUCCAAGGGUGCUGUCAUAAAGAUUCUCAAGAUUUUUUUUUGGUAAGAUUCAGUGGUAAGAAUGGUAGAAUUUGCAAAUACGAUAUGGACCAGAUUCAGUAUCAGAAGAGAACAAAUCAGUGAAGCAAGAAAUGUGAAAAACAUGGUUGAGACGCAAGAGACCAGAACUAUAAGAAGUACAAUGUGUACAAUAUCAAAUUUAUAUGUAGAUUUUUUUUACCUCUGAAAAAUCUCCAAGUGGAAGAACAACAUUCUGUUCAGUUGUGUGUUAGUCAUUAAUAUAUUUUUCCUCCCUUAAUUGUUCUGAAUUUUGAGAGGGCAAAACCAAAACUGAACAUAGAAAAUUGGAUCUUUGAAUGUGAGUUCAUUAAAAAAAACUAUUUUGGCUUGUAGGCUGAUGAAACUGUUACAACAUUUUAAAUUACCUGACAACGAGGUUUCUGUAUCCUUUGUGUUUUGCUACUUCAGUUGAAUUUGAGUCAGCCAGCUUUUGACUGUCCAUCACCUCUCUUAAAAAUUUGUUAGUGCAUCUUCAAUUUGUUAACUUCACUGAUUAUGCUUAAUGUCCAGGUGUCUUACUACUGUACUACCAAUUUUGUUUCAGAGCAAUAAAUCUUUCAUUCUUUGAUUUCA